UCCCGCUGCCUCGAGCUGGCUCUUGAUCUGCCUUCUUUCCCACCUCAACUCGCGCUUCCUUCUCACACUAGACCGAUUAGUUUCAUCUGGCUUGGCAAAACUACUCGUAGGCUAGGUUCCCUGCCCCCUGGCCGUUCGAUGCUUCUGACAUUGGACUGCAUGGCCAUCGUUCCUGGGUUACAGGUAUGUCGUGACAAAUCUGAGUUCAUCUAUAAGCAGAUGCAAUAUUUCUAUGUAUAA